AGCUGCCAUGGUUCGAGCUCUCAGUGCCGCCAUGGCACGUCCCAUCUGGAGCGGUUGAAGCCAAGAGUUCACGCAGACGUGACGAUGUCAGAGAUUCUGCUGGAGAUUUCAGGUCUAGAUGGCCAGGCCUGGUGGCUCAAAGUGAACUCGAACCUUCUCGGUUCAGAGCUGGAAGAAAUGAUUGCUGAGCGCUUGGUGCAGAAGGUGGGCUCGAAGUUCACGGUCCUCUGGAAGGGCGAAGCCUUGUUUCCGAGCACGACGCUGCGCGAGCAGGGUCUGGCUGACCGCAGCAGGUUGUCCUACAUCUACGUCCAAGUGAGCAUGUGGCAUGUUUGGCAGGUGCUCUUUGGGACAGAUCCCGAGCGGACCUCUUCGCUGCACGAGGUGCGGCACCUGCAUCUGGGCCGUGGAAUCCCCACCUGGUCGCACCUUCACUUGCCACUCCUCAAGAAUUUGCAGCAUUUGAAGUUGGAAGCUGAGUUCAACGACAGUUUGGCGGGCUUGGGCCUGCCAGCCAGCUUGCGGAGUUUGACCUUCGGAUACAGGUACAACCAACCGCUGAAAGGUGUGACCUUUCCUGCGCUGAAGGCUUUGAACUUUGGGGGUUGUUUCAAUCAACCCUUGGAGAAUCUACCAGCCAGUCUGGAGGAGUUGACCUUUGGACGAUGCUUCGAUCAGCCACUCUCCAACUUGCCGAAGGAGCUUCGGACUUUACGCUUGGGAGAGCUGUUCAGAAGCAGCGUCAAGGACGUGAUGUUGCCCAAUCUUCAGGACUGGAGCUUCCGUCGUUACAUCGUGGACCCUUUGAGCGAGAUCCACUUGCCCCAAACCUUGCGGCACUUGACCCUGCCAGACUUCUUCAAUCAGAGCCUUCAGGAGGUGGAGUUUCCUACCCACCUGGAAAGCCUGCUCUUCGGAUAUUCCUUCAACCAACCGCUGGCAAAAGUGAAGCUCCCAAGAGGCUUGCGGCGCUUGUCCUUUGGAGCAUUCUUUAACACAAGCCUUGAAGGAGUCGAGUUUCCGGACUUGCAAAGCAUGACCUUCGGCUAUUACUUCGAUCAAAGCUUGGAGAAGGUACAGCUGCCCAGCACACUGCAGAGUUUGGUCUUGGGCUUGGACUACAACCAAUCUUUGGAGAAUGUGAACUUCCCAACCAGCUUGGAACUCUUGACCUUCGGCAACUUCUAUCGACAGAGCUUAAAGAACGUUCACUUCCCGCCAAAUCUGCAGAGCAUGACGUUCGGCCGAUUUUUUCAGGAUUGUACGACUGGCGCGGAUCUUCCAAAGACCUUGCGGACUUUAAAUCUCAUCCACACCUUCAACUGCAGCUUGGAGGUUGUCAAGUUGCCACCGACACUGGAGAACUUGAGCUUCGGCAACUCUUUCAACCAGAGCCUGGAGGGUCUCAGCUGUGGCAAGCUACGCAGCCUGUCCUUGGGAGAUCACUUCAAUCAGAGUCUGACAACGGUGCACCUCCCAGGGACGUUGGAGAGUUUGAGCUUUGGGGCUGCCUUCAACCAGCCAUUGGACAUCUCCUUGCCCAGAAGUCUGCAACAUUUGGCCUUUGGCAGCAGCUUCAACCAGCCGUUGGAUGGCAUUGAUCUGCCGGAUCUUCGCAGUUUGAGGCUGGGCUACUUCUUCCGGCAGAGCCUUGUGAAGAUCUCCUUGCCGCGUCUGGAACGACUGGAGAUGCUGGGCUGCGCCGAGACGCCAACGAAGGCAGAGGUCUGCCCGUCCUUGACUCACCUGAGCCUCGGAACCGUCGCGGUGCGAGCGGUGUGAGCGGUCACAUCGCCGGGCAAAAGAAACACCUUGUUGUCGUGUUUCGCCGGCUCCUCACUUGAGUCACUUGAGGCAUGGUUUCCACUUCAUUCAAAGUAAGGCGCGCACGUACUUCUUAUAGCACUUCCGAACAAGAAGCUCGAAUCGUGUGGGUCGGGGAUAGGCACACCACCGUGCGAUCACUGCUUCGACCGAUCUCUCGCUUCGACCUUGUCGUGUUGUGUCGUGCCGUGGUCGAACGUAGCGAUGGCCUCCAACCGCGUUCGUAGCGUCCGAACGGAGCGCGUUCGGUUCGCGAUGCCAGCCCCGUUCGUAGCGUCCGGAACGCUCCGUUCGGGCUUCUGAGAUGAAGCCUCAGGGAUUGCCGAUGGCCCGUGCAUCGUUCUUUUGGGCCACAGACCUGUUUGUUGGUUCACCGUGUUCUUCCUUGGUGUGAUACCCACAUGUUCUCGGAAUGAGGCGGGGAAAGGCCGCUACGACCGGAAGAAAGACCACUAGUGAUAGCCUCCAACGGGAAGAAAUGGGAAGAAGGUGAAGUUGGUCAUGUGGAAUACUUUUGUGGAGUAUGAUGUCCAAAGCCCGCAUUGGUCAUCGGACAGUUUCGAUUGCGAUCCUCGGUGGGAAUUGGCUGACCACACCAGCGUCCCUCGUUGGUCAGGACCCUUGGCCAUGGCAGCUUUUCUCAGAUCAACCUGUCAAGCUCUUUGACCCACCUUAGCAUCAACAGUCUUCCGAAGGAGGCAGAUCUGGAGAUCUUGGCCGAGCAGCCUUGUGGCUUGCGGACUUUGAAAUGUCAGGAUCUCCUGGUGAGCUUUGAGAGCGACAAAAAGACCGACUGCGAGAGCUCGGUGGGAGACCG